CCUUCCCUUUCAAUUAUCGUCAAAUUUCUCUACAAAUUUCUGAGAAACCCUAAUUUUAACCUUCCUAAUUCGGUCCCCCCAAUCAAGCAUCGGAGUUGUUUUCCCUGAUCCCUCACAGUAUUCAAGCCCUAGUUUCCUAUUUCGGCGACGAUCGGAGUUCGGAACCCCUUGAAUAAUUUUUUCAGUUUUUUUUUUUUCUUUUCUUUUACGUGUAGUCGGACGCCCGAUUUUGAUCACACAUGGAUGGAGUCAUAGAAGAAGCACUAUAAUGAUCCAAUUUCUGGGGUUUUGUUUUCUUUGUAUGGGGGUUGAGCAAUGCCGCAGCUUCGGAAAGGGGUCCGCCGAGGCCGUGCCGCGGUAGUGCAGGGGCAGGAGCAGCAACCGGGGAAGCAGCAGAGGAAUCAGAAGCAGGCACGUGUUGCGACUGCGGCUAGACCUAGGACGAGGUUGGCCGCUAAGAGAUUGGAAAAGGAAGAGGAUCAGCCGGUUGUUGGGAGAGAGAAUCGGGUAAUUGUAUUAUCGGAGGGAGAUAGUGAUAUCGAGAAGGCUUUGGUGAAAAGGGUUCAAAAGGAGAAGAAAAUUCUAAUGGGGGACGAUAGUGGUGGGUUGAGUGCUAACAAGGCUGGUGGACAGGAGGAAGAGGGAAGUACGGCACCAUUUCCAGAGAGGGUUCAAGUUGGAGGAUCACCUCUGUAUAAGAUAGAGAGGAAGCUUGGUAAAGGUGGCUUUGGUCAGGUUUUUGUUGGUCGUCGUGUUAAUGGUGGAAAUGAACGUGCAACAGGUGCAGGGGCCAUGGAGGUUGCUCUGAAAUUUGAGCAUAGAAACAGCAAAGGCUGUAAUUAUGGUCCUCCAUAUGAAUGGCAAGUGUACACUGCUCUUGGUGGUAGCCAUGGAGUGCCCAAAGUACAUUACAAAGGAAGGCAAGGAGACUAUUACAUCAUGGUUAUGGACAUGUUGGGCCCCAGCUUAUGGGAUGUUUGGAAUAACUCAGGGCAAGCGAUGUCGACAGAAAUGGUAGCUUGCAUUGCAGUUGAGUCUCUAUCAAUCCUUGAGAAGAUGCACUCAAAAGGUUAUGUGCAUGGAGAUGUUAAACCAGAGAACUUUUUACUUGGUCAACCCUCUACAUCACAGGAGAAAAAGCUCUUUCUUGUUGACCUUGGAUUAGCAACAAAGUGGAAGGACGGCGGCAGCGGACAGCAUGUUGACUAUGAUCAACGUCCUGACAUGUUUAGAGGAACUGUUCGAUAUGCUAGUGUUCAUGCUCACUUGGGAAGAACUGCCAGUAGGAGAGACGAUCUUGAAUCCCUAGCCUACACUCUUAUAUUCUUACAUCGAGGCAGAUUACCAUGGCAAGGUUAUCAGGGUGACAACAAAUCCUUCCUAGUUUGCAAGAAGAAGAUGGCAACAACUCCUGAAGUGCUUUGCUGUUUCUGCCCUGCACCUCUUAAACAAUUUCUUGAGAUUGUGAUGAACAUGAAAUUUGAUGAGGAGCCCAACUAUGCAAAACUAAUAUCAUUAUUUGACAGCUUAUUAAGUUCAAACCCAACUUUAAGGCCAAUAAACACUGAUGGUGCUCAGAAGGUUGGCCAAAAGCGGGGUAGGUUAAACAUUGAAGAAGAUGAUGGGCAACCUAAGAAGAAGGUCCGUCUAGGAGUUCCUGCUACUCAGUGGAUUUCAGUUUACAAUGCUAGACAGCCUAUGAAGCAGAGGUACCAUUAUAAUGUGGCUGAUGCAAGGUUGGCACAACAUGUGGACAAAGGAAUGACAGAUGGUCUGCUAAUAAGUUGUGUAUCAUCUUGUAGCAAUCUUUGGGCACUAAUUAUGGAUGCUGGAACUGGUUUCACCUCCCAAGUUUAUGAACGUUCACCCUCAUUCUUACCCAAAGAGUGGAUCAUGGAACAGUGGGAGAAGAACUAUUACAUAAGUUCUGUUGCUGGGUCAAAUGUUGGAAGCUCCCUUGUUGUGAUGUCCAAAGGCACCCAAUACACUCAGCAAUCUUAUAAAGUGAGUGAUUCUUUCCCUUUUAAGUGGAUUAAUAAGAAGUGGAAGGAAGGGUUUCAUGUAACAUCCAUGGCGACUGCUGGAAACAGAUGGGGUGUUGUCAUGUCUCGCAAUGCUGGGUUCAGUGAUCAGGUGGUUGAAUUAGAUUUUCUCUAUCCUAGUGAGGGCAUCCACAAACGGUGGGAUAAUGGUUAUCGAAUCACAUCAACAGCUGCAACCAGUGACCAGGCUGCUCUUAUCCUGAGCAUUCCCAGGCGUCGACCUGGUGAUGAAACUCAGGAAACUCUACGCACCUCUCAAUUUCCCAGUACACAUGUGAAGGAAAAAUGGGCAAAAAACCUUUAUCUUGCCUGCUUGUGCUAUGGGCGAACUGUUUCUUGAAAUUGCUACGAUUGCAGUGCAUUUUGAUGGGGAGGAAACUUGGAAGUUGGUCUUCGAGCAGAAGUUUUCACUCUACCCUCAUUCUGGUUUCUUAUUACUUCCUUUGGCCUUUGCAUAUUAAAUGUACACACAUUCAUAUUUUAAUUGAACAUCAGCUGGUUUAAGUGCACUGAAUCGUGUAUGAUAUAUAUAUCUACACAUUCAUAUUUAAAUCGUACAUGACCUGGUUCUCUUAUUUGGUAUGGCGCCUGUACAUUCCGCGCCUGAUGGUGCGGGUGAGGAGUGAAUUUUCAUUUUCAUUUUUUUUUGCAAAAAAACUAAAAUAAAAUAAAAUAAAAAGUGCACU